AUGGAGCCAAGGAGCAAUUUUGAAGAUUUGAUAACUUUCAUCAAGAGUUCUCAUAGAGAGCACACAGCCUUGAUUGAUGAGAGAUUGGAGUCAGCCUUCACGAGAUUGAAUGAGAAGUUGGAUUCAAUUUCUUCUUUCACAAGAGACUUGGAUCUUAGAGUUGCCAACAUAGCCAGCUCUAUUAAGAGAGAAGAAGGCAUACCCAGAUCAAGAGGAAGCAAAGCCGCCAGUCAAGAAGAAACCAAUGGAGUAUGUCAUUAUUGGAGAUGGACUGAACCACCUAAGGAAGUCCAUGUCAGAAUAGAACCAGGAACUCAGGAGGAAGUGGAGAAGCCACCUGAAGAACCAAGAGUGUAUGAGCCAAAGAUCCCAUACAGAAAUGUUCUUUCUCAACCCAAGAAGGAGAAGGAGCAAGCAAAGCUCAAGGAUCUUGUUAGCCAACUUUCAGUAAGGUUACCUUUCAUUGAUGCUUGCCAAAUAAUUCCAUCUCUCAGGAAGUAUAUGAAGGCCAUACUCACAAGCAAUAUCGGUUCUACACACUUCCAUAGAGCACUUUGUGAUUUGGGUUCUAGUGUGAACCUAAUGCCUUACUCAGUGGCCAAGCUAUUGGGCAUCACUGACUUCAAACCUACAAAGAUAUCUCUAGUCUUUGCAGACAGAUCUGUUCGCCGCCCUGUUGGUGUUAUUAUGGAUGUUCCAAUCAUGGUUGGAGAUUGCUACAUCCCUGCUGAUUUUGUAGUUCUUGAGCUGGAACACCAACCUAAAGACCCUCUUAUCUUGGGAAGGCCAUUCCUAGCUACUGCAGGAGCUAUAAUAGAUGUCAAGAAUGGAAAGAUUGACUUGCAUCUUGGAGAUAUAGUGAUGAAUUUCGAAGUAAACAAGUCUAUGGAGAAGCCAACUGUAGAUGGUCAAGCUUUUUGGAUUGGAGAGCUCGCAGAGACAAGAGAAGAAGUGCUGGAUGAACUCCUUCUUAUUGAUCCCUUGGAGCUAGCUUUGACAAAGGCUGAGAAUGAGUAUGGAUACAUGGAAAGAGAAGCUCAAUGCUUAGUCAAGUUCAUGGAUUCAAGGAAGCUUAUAAGAGCUGAUAGCUUAUAUGGACUUAGAGAGAGAAGAGGAAGAGCCAGACAUUGA